GUGUGUGUGUGUGUGUGUGCGCGCCCACAAGCUCAAGGAGGGAUCAAGUCGCAACACACACACACAGUCUUAUUCCCUCGGUUGCUCUGGGUCUCACUGUGUCAUCCGUAUCUCUCUCCUUAAAAACCUGCUCGCACACACACUCGCACACACUCGACUCAGCGGAAUUUAAGUUAAGGUUGAAUAAGUCACCACUUGACCAGGCGGUGCAGGAAGGAAGAAAGAAGAGAUACACAAAACUGGAAGUCUCCCUUUUUUCUUCGUAAUUUAAAACAACAACUUUGAACUUGGACACAAGGGGCUUUUUCUUUUCGGCACAAGUGGAUACAAACUUUCCCCAAUCCUAUUGGGUCAAACGUAGCAGAAAGGACUUUUUUUCCCCCCUUAAAAAUUACUGUUGGACUUUUGGACUUGGCCUGGGUGAGAGCGCAGUAAGAGCCCAUCACUGACAGUUUGGACGUUUGGAGAAUAGGAGCUGGUCUGUGUGGGUGUUUUUCCUUUUUCCUCCCCUGACCCCCUUCCUGGAGGGAGAUGGGGAGAUGGGCGUUACGUCUCUCAGUGGGCCUCGGGCUUCUUGCCGUCCUGGUGACCUACUGUCAUGCUGAAGUGAACUACUGCUUCGCUGCCAGGGCUGGGAGCUGCUCCGAGUGCCUGCAGGCUGGUAAAGGUUGCACCUACUGCCCCGAUGAGAACUUUAACGGCCCUCGCUGUGAUCUGUACGAGAACAUACUCGCCCACGGCUGCAGCUCUGCGGCCCUCCUCACAGCUCAAAGCGCCAUGAAGGUCGAGACGGCGAACAAAAUCAACAUGAUGCUCCAGGAGUCGCAGGUGUCUCCGCAGCUGAUGAGCAUGAGCUUUCUGCCGGGGGAGGAGAAGCUGGUGGACGUGGAGGUGUUUGCUCCUACCAAGGGUCCUCUGGAUCUUUACAUUCUUAUGGAUUUCUCCAACUCCAUGGCCGACGACUUGGCCAACUUGAAGAAGAUGGGCGAGGAGCUGGCUCUGUUGGUGGGGACGCUGUCAAACGACUUCACCAUCGGCUUCGGGAAGUUUGUGGACAAAGUGAUCGAGCCCCAGACUGACAUGAGACCGUCCAAACUUGAGAUGCCGUGGCCCAACAGUGACCCGCCAUUCUCUUUCCAAAAUGUCAUCAAGCUGACCAACAACGUGUCGGACUUCUCCAUAAGGCUCCAGGGACAGAGAAUCUCUGGCAACCUGGACGCACCCGAAGGAGGCUUCGAUGCCAUAUUGCAGGCUGCAGUUUGUGGGGAUAAAAUCGGUUGGCGCAACCGCAGCACGCAUCUCCUGGUUUUCUCCACCGAGUCCGCCUUCCACUACGAGGCCGACGGCGCUAACGUGCUGUCCGGCAUCCUGCCGCGCAACGACGAGCUUUGCCACCUGGACGCGUUGGGCAAAUACACGCAGGACAUACAUCAGGAUUACCCUUCAAUUCCCACACUGAUCCGUCUGCUGGGCAAACACAACAUCAUCCCCAUCUUUGCCGUCACCAACCACUCCUUCACAUACUACACGAAACUCCAGGAGUAUUUCCCCAUUGCUGAGGUUGGUAUGCUGCAUGAGGAUUCAUCCAACAUCCUGCAGGUCAUGGGCACCGCCUUCAAGAAUAUCCGUUCGAAGAUGAGCAUCCGUGCAGAGGAACUACCCAAGGCUUUCAAGGCUAAGUUCUUGACCGCCAGUGGAAGCGUUGCAGAUUAUGGGGCCUUUGAUUUCAAGCCUGGAGCAAUAGGCAAGUUCAAGAUGCGUCUCAAGGCGGAGAGGAUGAUCGACGAGAAGCCCGUGUGUCAGGUUGCCCAGCGUGACAAGGAGGGGACAAUGAGGGUCAAGCCGACGAACUUCAACGCUGCUGUCAACAUCAAGGCCUCGGUUCUGUGUCCGACCUGCGAAUGCGAGAAGACUCCCUUCCCCAAAGCAGCCAAAUGCCACAGCAAUGGAGACCUGGUGUGCGGGAAGUGUCAUUGUUUUGAUGGCUGGCUGGGUGCGUUCUGUAACUGCUCCGCAAGCGCCUCAGCUCUGGACACCAGCCAGUGCAUCGGCCCGGGCAUGACGGAGUCCUGCUCCGGCCGCGGCGACUGCAUGGAGUGUGGAAGCUGCGUGUGCUACAACCCAGAUCAGUUCGAGGGACCCUACUGUCAGCACGACAAGACCCAGUGUCUAAGAUACGGAGGCUUCCUCUGCAAUGACCGUGGCUCCUGCGUCAUGGGUCGGUGUGCAUGCACAGAAGGCUGGGAUGGAAACGCCUGCGAGUGUCCCAAGAGCAACCAGACCUGUCUGGACAGCAAAGGGGGUGUCUGCAAUGGGCGAGGUGUAUGCAACUGCGGCCGCUGCGAGUGUCGGAACCCCGGCACGGACAUGACUUCAACCUGUGAGCCAAAUUUCGAGGCCCAGCUGGGUGUGUGUGAGGCUACGAGAAGUUGUGUCCAGUGUCGAGCCUGGAAGACGGGAAAGCAUAAGGAUUGUGACAAAUGCCCCUUCCAAAUUGUAAUGGUGGAUGAGCUCAAAGAAUCGGAUAGCAGGAUUGAAUCGUGCAGCUUCCGCGACGAGGAUGAUGACUGUACAUACCACUACACCGCCGAAGACUCGAAAGAUCCAAAAGUCGGACUCCUGGAGAUUCAGGUGCUCAAAAAGAAAGAUUGUCCCCCUGCGAGCCUCCUGUGGUUGCUCCCUCUCCUCUUGUUCCUGUUGUUACUGUUGGCACUGCUGCUCCUCUGCUGCUGGAAAUACUGCGCCUGCUGCAAGAGCUGCUGUCAGAGCUGUCUUGCCCUGCUGCCUUGCUGUAGGAGAGGUCGCAUGGUCGGCUUCAAGGAGGACGAGUAUUUGCUCCGACAGUCCCUGCUCACCUCAGACCAUCUGGACACGCCGAUGGUGAGGACCGGCCCGCCCAAAGGGACCGAUGUGGUCCGCUGGAAGGUCACAGAUAAUGUACACCGAGCACCCAACCACCCUCAGGCUCUGAUGAAGCCGAAUCCAAAAGAAACCAUCCAGUUCCCAGUCUCCCUCCGACUGAACAGGUUGUUCUCUGAGAACCUGUCUCGCCCUGAAUCCAGAGACGCCGAGCAGCUCCGCAAGGAAGUGGCCGAUAAUCUCAACGAGGUGUACAAACAGAUUCCCGGGGCGCAGAAGGUGCAAAAGACCGCUUUCAGAUUGCAGAGAAAUGCUGGGAAAAGGCAGGACUACACCAUCAUGGACACCGUCCUGUCUGCUCCUCGCAGCAGCUACCCCGAUAUCGUCAAAGUCACUGAGAAAAAUGUCCAGUCUGGAAACUUCCAUGACCUCAAAGUGGUGCCUGGCUACUACACUGUGGCCACAGACAGAGAGGCUGCGGGAGCCAUUGAGUUCCAGCAAGACGUGGAGUCGGUGGACGUUCACGUGCCGCUCUUUGUCAAGGAUGAAGACGACGACAAGAAGCAGCUGCUGGUGGAGGCCAUGGAUGUGCCACUGGGCAUUGCAGAGAUCGGAAAACGUUUGGUCAACAUCACCAUCAUCAAAGAACAUGCCACCAGUGUGUUCUCGUUCCUGCAGCCGGCCUACACGUACAGCAGACAGGAUGGAGUGGCCAACAUUCCAAUCAGCAGAGAGAUCAUUGAGGACGGACGCACGCAGGUCACGUACCGCACACGGGACCUCACAGCCAAGGACAAAAAGGACUAUAUGACUGUGGAAGGAGACCUGACCUAUGGUCCUGGUGAAACCCAGAAGACAGUUCCUGUUCGUCUGCUGGAGUUGGGGGAGAAAGAUGGCCUCUUGGAGGACAAACAGGUCAGGCAGUUUGUCAUGGACCUCAGUAACCCACGACAGGGCGCCAAACUGGGACGCUACCCGAGAACUACUGUCACCAUCGCAGACCAACCAGAGCCCAGUGUGAUGAUGUUCAAAAAGGGCACCCAGAACUUUUCCACAUCUGAACCAACCUACACAAUCCCUGUGGUCCGCACCCGGAACCAGGACAGCCCCGCCACAGUGAAAUGGCGCACCAAGAAGGCCCAGCGCUUCGAGCUCUCUGGCCCUCUGAAGUUCGGCCCUGGAGAAACGGAGAAGAACAUAGUCAUCGAACCGAAAUCCCAUCCUGGUCCAAUCCAGCCGGAGACUUUCCAUCUUGAGCUGUUUGACCCAAGUAGUAAUGCUUCUAUUGGCGAGAGGAAGACCACCCUUGUCAAUGUCACGGACGGAGCUUAUGAGGCUCCCCAGGUGAUGAAGAGCAACAUCGGACAGAAAGCCUCCUCCCCUGGUGGUCUCCUUCUCGCUCCUGCAAACCCUACCGCCAAAGCAACUGGACCCAGAAACAUUCACCUCAACUGGGAGCCACCGUCCGGUAACCCAAUGGGAUACAAGGUGAAGUACUGGAUUUAUGGCGACCCAGAGAAAGACGCCAAGGUAUUAGAUGUGAAGACGCCUCAAGCUGAGUUGACCGACCUCUACCCCUAUUGUGACUACGAGAUGCGAGUGAGCGCCUACAAUGCCAUGGGAGAAGGCUACAAUACCGACAUUGUUACCUGUCAAACCCUGGAGGAUGGGCCUGGUGAACCGGGACGUUUGGCCUUCAAUGUCAUCAGCCACACUGUCACUCAGGUCAGCUGGGGGGAGCCUGCCGAGACAAAUGGCAACAUUACAGCUUAUGAAGUCAUCUACACACCCAUCAAUGAUGAACAGAAGGCGGUGGGCGCCGCCAAGAAAGUCAAGAUUGACAACCCCAAGAAGCGGAUGCUGCUGAUUGAGAACCUCCAGAGAGCCCAAACCUACCAGUACAAGGUCCGCGCCAAGAACAGCGUGGGCUGGGGCCCCUUCAGAGAUGCUACCAUCAACCUGGCAUCACAGCCGGCCAGACCGCUGUCCAUCCCCAUCAUUCCAGACAUCCCCAUUGUGGAUGCGGAGGCGGGAGACGAGUAUGACAGCUACCUGAUGUACAGCAAUGAGGUGCUGAAGUCCCCCGCAGGCUCCAAGACACCCAGCGUCUCUGGUGAUGAUUACACGGUGAAUGGGAAGUGGGACCAGAACUUCCUUUUCCCAGGGGGGUCAGCGACACGCAACUUGUCGGCCUCAUCCUCUCCCAUGUCCACUCUGAGCUCAAACUACAGAGGGGCGGGCGGCUCCUUCACCACGGACACAACCACCACCUACAUGUCCGGGGCGGGGAGCUCUCGCAGACAGGAAUUCAUUGGAGGCGGAAUGCACACAUCCGAAGUCACCAUGAGGAAGCGCUCAGAGAGCAGGGGCUACAUGGACGAGAACAUCCGCGACUCCAUUGUCCUGGGAGAUAUGCCGAGCAAGUUUCCAGAUCUUGGUGGGUUCGGCUACACUGGGAUGCAGAGCAGCUCUCAGAGCCAGUUCGGCUACACUGGGAUGCAGAGCAGCUCUCAGAGCCAGUUCGGCUACAGCCUGCCUCAGGGUCCGAGGGCCAGGACCGAGUCUUCAGACGUCCACGAGGCCUUGUAUAAUCUGGACAGGGUGCUCCACGAUGCACGACUCUCCCCUGGUGUCCCAGACACCCCCAGCAGACUGGUGUUCUCCGCUCUGGGUCCCACUGCCCUCAAAGUCAGCUGGCAGGAGCCCCAGUGUGAGAGAGACAUCGUGGGCUACUGUGUCCUCUACCAGCUGCUCAAUGGAGGUGACGCGAAUCGCAUCAAUGUGACGAACCCAGCGGAGAACUCUGUCAUCAUCCAGGACCUGCUGCCCAACCACUCCUACCUGUUCAAGGUGAAGGCCCAGAGCCAGGAGGGCUGGGGUCCAGAGAGAGAAGGAGUCAUCACCAUCGAGUCUGCAGUCGACCCCAAGAGUCCCCUCAGCCCCAUGCCAGGUUCGCCAUUUACUCUGAGCACUCCCAGUGCCCCAGGCCCCCUGGUCUUCACCGCUCUGAGCCCCGACUCCCUGCAGCUCAGCUGGGAGAAGCCUCGCAAACCCAACGGAGACAUCCUCGGCUAUGUGGUCACCUGCGAACAGCUGCACGGCGGAGGCGACGUGCGCUCCUUCCAGGUGAACGGCGACAGCGCUGAGACCAGCCUGACUGUUCCCAACCUGACUGAGAACGUUCCCUACAAGUUCAAAGUCCAGGCUCGGACCACGCAGGGCUUCGGUCCCGAGAGGGAGGGCAUCAUCACCAUCGAGUCUCAAGACGGAGGUGCAUUGUCUCAGUACAGUAACCAGUCCAUGACGCGGAGGGACGUUUUCCAAAUGCCGACAGAAGUCAGCACAAGGACCAACGUCUCACACACCAUGCUCAACGACCCUUACUUCUCAGACGGGAUGAUGAUGACCACGCAGCACACAGAGACCAGCGGCAUGGUGACUCGUCAAAUCACCAAGGAAGUGGUUCAGAGGGGUGUCACCGGAGCCACAACCGUCACAAAGAAGAUGUUUUAUGAAUCAUAAGAUAUGAUUUUAACUCUGCCCAAGUUAGCGCCCCAAAGGUCCGGCGUGACGAGGAAUCAUAUCUGAGAUUCUCUUUCACGCAAUCAGUGUAUAUUUUUAUGUGUGUGGGUGUGAGAUACUGCAACCAAAAAGAAUAUAUAUAGAUAUAUAUAGAUAUCUAUAUAUAUCUAUAUAUAUAUCAUGUAAUCCUGUAAAUAAAUGGAGAGGAGGCCGUUCUAUCAUGUCUGUUACGCACCGUGGCCUCUCUCCUAAAUAGAUGAGGUUCAUCGUAACAUUUCCAUAACUUUCACAGUUGAGUCUUUCAUUCCCGUUUCUUUCCAGUGAAGAAGAUCACUUUGCGUUGGCCUGCCCCUCCCUCUGUCGGUUUAGAUCUGCUAACAUAUACACACACACACACACACACACACACACCGAGGCUUUAAACAGGCCAGCAUGGGUCAGCAAUCUGACUGUGGUGCAGUAAUCCAAAGUGACCCUUCCCUCCUCGUCUCCUGUCCCCACCCGUCUGAGACAAGUGCUCCGUCUGAGUGAUGUGAUGUCUUCUUGAGAUGCACCUGUUUGUGUCUGUGGCGAGCAUCCAGACACUGUAUUUGGGCCUUUUUGUUCAUAGAUUUUUAUUAUAUAAAAAUGUGAUAAAGCUUUCUUAAGAAUAUUUCAUACUUUUUAAAGAUUUUUUUUUUACUCAAGCCAACUGACAUUGACUUUAAUCUUUAAUGCCAAAUAUAGGGUCAUUUCCGCUGUCAAACUAAGGGCAUGACGAUGAUCUUAAAACUUUAUCGGAUGUAACACGCUUUUGAAUUUCAGAUGUUUUAUACUCAGACUCAAAAAUGUGUCCUGCACAGCAUCGAGUUGGCGUUUCUUGCGUUUAUUUACCCUGCAAGGCAUUUGUAUUUUUGCAUUUUGAGUGGAUUAACAUUUCAAUGAGACCUAGAUGUUUUAGAGGAAUGGGAUGUAAAGACAGAAAGAUUGUAUUCGCUUAAAUGCAUGACCUACUGUAUUUCGGGGCUCACACUUUGAUGAAAAUGCUUUUGUACAACGUGUGUUGAGAGGACUUGUUUUGUUAAGAAAUAAAGAUACAGUGGAUUAACUUUUCACCAAAAACUGCCGCGAA